UUUCAGUCUGUUGUAAAAUUUUGUUUGGCUCUGGGUUUCAUGAGUUUUCUUUUCGAUUUCAAGUGUUUUCUGGAAACUUUAGCUAGCAUAUUAUUUUAAAAUGGCUCUAUACUGUGCAAUAUCGAAUGAGGUGCCAGAGCUGCCUGUGGUGUCACCUACGUCGGGCGCCGUGUUUGAGAAGCGAGUCAUUGAGAAGUACAUCAUAGAAAAUGGAGUGGACCCCAUUAACGGAAAAGAGUUGAGAGUUGAAGAUCUAAUUGAGAUAAAGACUCCUCCCAUAGUAAAACCAAAGCCUCCAAGUGCUACAUCUAUCCCCGCCACACUGAAGAGUAUGCAGGAUGAGUGGGAUGCACUGAUGUUACAUGCCUUCACUCAGCGCCAGCAGCUGCAAACAGCUAGACAGGAACUCAGUCACGCCCUGUACCAGCACGACGCGGCGUGUCGUGUGAUCGCCCGUCUCACCAAGGAGGUGACGGCCGCCAGAGAGGCCCUCGCCACACUCAAACCGCAAGCUGGUAUUGUUGCACCACAACCUUCACACCAGGCGGAGGCCGGCGCGGCGAGCGGCGGCGUGACGGCGGCGGGCAUGUCUGGCGGCGUGGUGGCGCGUCUGCAGGAGCGAGCCACCGCGCUCACGCAGGAGCGCAAGCGCCGCGGCCGCACCGUGCCCGAGGGGCUGCUGGCGCCCGACCAGAUCCGCGCCUUCCUCACGCUCGCCUCGCAUCCGGGUCUUCACUCAGCCAGUGUGCCCGGUAUUCUGGCCCUGGAUAUCAACCCGUCGGACCACAGCAAGCUGCUGACGGGAGGCAACGACCGCAACGCAACCGUGUUCAACAAAGACACGGAGCAGGUGGUGGCCAUCCUCAAGGGACACAGCAAGAAAGUCACGCGCGUCAUCUACCACCCCGACGAGGAUACCGUCAUCACCGCCUCACCAGAUCACACUAUUCGUGUAUGGAAUGUGCCUACAUCUCAAACUACCGUCAUACUGCGCUCUCACGAUGGUCCGGUGACUGGGCUAUCACUCCAUCCGACUGGCGAUUACGUUUUAUCGACGUCCACUGACCAGCACUGGGCCUUCUCGGACAUCCGCACCGGUACACUGCUCACUAAGGUUAGCGACUUCUCAGGCGUGAGCCUCACCACGGCGCAGUUCCAUCCUGACGGUCUUAUCUUCGGUACCGGAACAGAGAACUCCCAAGUCAAGAUCUGGGAUUUGAAGGAGCAGAGCAAUGUUGCCAACUUCCCUGGUCAUGUUGGACCUGUCACAUCCAUCUCCUUCUCUGAGAACGGUUACUACCUUGCCACAGCUGCCGAGGAUGCUUGCGUCAAACUGUGGGAUUUGAGAAAGCUGAAGAACUUUAAGACUAUUCAGCUGGAUGAGGGUUACGCUAUCAAGGAGUUGUGCUUCGACCAGAGCGGAACGUAUCUGGCCAUCGCGGGUACAGACGUGAGGGUGUAUCUCUGCAGGCAGUGGCAGGAACUCAAGGUGUUCAACGACCACACUGCGGCGGCUACAGGCGUGAGGUUCGGUAAGAACGCGCAGUACAUCGCGUCCACGAGCAUGGACAGGACGCUCAAACUGUAUGGAAUAGAGUAGGUUGAGUAGCACUAGUCCCUAUUAUGUAAAUUAAUGUUUCGUACCAGCACCGAACUGCUGCAUCCAGACAAGGUUCAGUUGCUGUAAGUCUAACUUUAAACGUGAUUAAUAGGAAACUAUGAUUAUUGCUAACGCAUCCACGUGACGGAGUAGUCGCCAGGCUACUAAGAACUUUCGUAAAAUAAACAAACAGAACUUAUUAUUCACUCAAGUUCAACCAUUGACAAAUGUUGGUGCUUUACUUUCAUUGCUCCAAACUAAUUUCUUAAGAACAUAAUCUCUUUUUAAGUUUUAUCUAUAGUUAACUUUUGGUGGCUACAAAUAGUGUCUAUAUUUGAACACUAAUGCUAUAAAUUUGAUUAGCUUCAGUUAUUAUAUGUUUCUUUUUUACUGAGAACACUUGGUCGCUUUUACUUUAGGUCAAUGUAUUGAUAGCCACCAACCACAAAGCAGCCCCGGUAUGUUAAAGUAAGUCCAGAUCGCUGCUUUAAACUUAAUAUUUAUCUCGUAUUGCUUUCGAUUAAACAUAAUUAUUCAUUUCCUAAUGUUAAUACCAACUAAUAUAGCCAGUGACACGCAGCUUACUUACUUUAAUUUGCGUUUCCACAUUUUGCGUUCAUUGCUAAGUUCCUGUGAGUAUUAAAAAGUAAUUAUUUUCUAAAAACAGCGAAAGAAGUCAGUUGCUUCAUGAUAAAUGUGUAUUUUACUAAAGCUACGUCUGACCCAGCCAGUUAAAAGCUUUGACGCCUGUUCAUAAAACAACCAUACGAAAAGAAAAAGCAAAAUUGGCAAAGCGCAGCGGAGUUUUUGACACUCGUAAACAGCCUGUAAGAGAUGUGUUUUAGGAGUAUCAGCUGCGCUGCGCCUCGUCAACAGUAGUAAGUAAGUUGCUUGUUUCUCUAUAACUAUGAAUGGUGUUGAUUGAUCUAUGAAAUCGAAAACUAUUGAAAUGAUGUAUAAAAAUUUAUGGAAUUCAUAUUUUAACCUUCAGUUAACAAUCACAGUUAUGAAUAAUAAAUAGUUUUAUUUCAAAGAUUAAAGAAACUUGCUUGACUUCAAUUAUAAUAUAAUAGAGUACAUUUUACAGAGACAUACCCGUUAUUAAGUUUAUUUAGACUAGGCUAGUUGAUAUGUGUAAUUGUAAGAAUAUUUCUAAAAGCGUGGUUGUAGUUGUUUUUGUAAGAACAAAAGAACUGACGAUUGUGGAAGUAUUUCAUUUCUUUAUCAAUAAAGGGAAUGAAUUCAA